CCUUCACCACCGGCGUUCCCAGAAAGCUUUGCGGGGACCCAGCGGAAAAAAAUAGAGUCCGGUAACGGGGAGGAUUCAGAGUCAGGGGAGCUCGAGCAGGAUAGCUAGCAGGCUACUUUUGUAAAAAAAGAAUAAUAAAAUAUCAAAUAUUAUAUAAACACAGAAUUUCUUCAACAUGGCCGACAACGAGAAGCUAGACAACCAGAGGCUGAAGAAUUUCAAAAACAAGGGCCGGGAUUUAGAGACAAUGAGAAGACAGAGGAAUGAGGUGGUGGUGGAACUGCGGAAGAACAAACGUGAUGAACACCUUCUGAAGAGAAGGAAUGUACCCCAUGAAGACAUUUGCGAAGACUCUGAUGUGGAUGGAGAUUUCAGAGCGCAAAAUACAUCUUUAGAAGCAAUAGUACAGAAUGCCACAAGUGACAACCAAGGAGUUCAGCUCAGUGCUGUUCAGGCAGCAAGGAAGCUGUUGUCAAGUGACCGUAAUCCACCCAUUGAUGACUUGAUCAAAUCUGGGAUUUUACCCAUUUUAGUUCACUGCCUGGACAGAGAUGACAACCCUUCAUUACAGUUUGAGGCAGCCUGGGCCUUGACCAACAUUGCCUCGGGCACUUCGGAGCAGACACAAGCUGUAGUCCAGUCCAAUGCUGUUCCAUUGUUCCUGAGGCUGCUGCACUCUCCACACCAGAAUGUGUGUGAGCAGGCAGUCUGGGCACUGGGCAACAUCAUUGGUGAUGGCCCACAGUGCAGAGAUUAUGUCAUCAGUCUGGGUGUAGUCAAACCUCUCCUGUCCUUCAUCAGCCCCUCCAUUCCCAUCACUUUCCUUCGCAAUGUGACUUGGGUCAUGGUAAACCUUUGCCGCCACAAGGACCCACCUCCUCCCAUGGAGACCAUCCAGGAGAUCCUCCCAGCUCUUUGUGUGCUGAUUCAUCACACAGAUGUUAAUAUUCUGGUGGACACAGUGUGGGCCCUUUCAUACCUCACUGAUGCAGGGAACGAGCAGAUCCAGAUGGUCAUUGACUCUGGAAUUGUGCCACACCUUGUACCCCUUCUCAGCCAUCAGGAGGUCAAAGUGCAGACAGCGGCGCUGAGAGCUGUGGGCAACAUCGUGACAGGCACUGACGAGCAGACCCAGGUGGUCCUGAAUUGCGAAGCCCUGGCACACUUCCCUGCCCUCUUGACUCACCCCAAGGAGAAGAUAAACAAGGAAGCAGUAUGGUUCCUGUCAAACAUUACUGCAGGAAACCAGCAGCAGGUCCAGGCAGUCAUUGAAGCCAACCUGGUGCCCAUGAUCAUCCACCUGUUGGAUAAAGGAGAUUUUGGAACACAGAAGGAGGCCGCUUGGGCCAUCAGUAACUUGACAAUAAGUGGGAGGAAGGAUCAGGUGGCGUACCUAAUCCAGCAGCAGGUGAUCCCACCAUUCUGCAACCUUCUGACAGUCAAGGAUGCACAGGUGGUCCAGGUGGUGCUGGAUGGACUCAGCAACAUCCUGAAGAUGGCUGAUGAUGAAGCAGAGAUGGUCGCUAACUUGAUCGAGGAGUGUGGAGGGUUGGAAAAAAUUGAGCAACUUCAAAAUCAUGAAAAUGAAGAUAUCUAUAAACUGGCCUAUGAAAUAAUAGAUCAGUUCUUCUCAUCAGAUGAUAUUGACGAAGACUCAAGUCUGGUGCCCGAAGCAAUCCAGGGUGGAACCUAUGGGUUCAACUCCUCUACUAAUGUGCCAGCCGAGGGGUUCCAGUUCUAGAAAGCACCUGUGAUUGGGGAGUUAGGUCGCGAUGCAGCACUCUGUUCAACAAAAAUUGCGAGCAAGAGAGCGAGAGUGUGAGAGAAAUUAGAUCCAUUGUGCUUUGUUCAGUGGAUCCUUGGCUGCAUUUAAUCCAGGAGAAAUUGUGUGGAUUUCGUUUGGCAUUCCGCGAGAAUCAGCCCAAAUGAAAUAGCGAUGGCGAAUGGGUGCAAGUGAGAAUGAGUGGCUAAAUGUUGCAAAAAAACAUCUACACCAAAUGCUUUGGAAGACAUUUUGAUUAACUUGCAAAGUUAUGGGAGGUGUCUACUAAACAGAAUAAGAUGUCAAUUGUGGGAGGAGCCAUUGAAAUCAAUCUGAGGAAAACUGGGGUGGGGGGAGACAAAGAACCAUAUUUAUAAUGUUGUGGUCCGUUGAGGUGGGGGAGGGGGGGUUAGGCACAAGAUGAGAAAGGUGAUGGGGGGAGAGCAGCAACCCUGCACCCUGAGGGCCACACUAUGGGACUGAAUGGAUCCAUACCGUGCGUGUGAAUGUGUGGACUCUGCCCUAAGGAACCCGGUUCCUCUCCUCCAGGCCCCAGGGCUCCCCCACAAGGAGCUGGGCGGGUCCAGCGCCGAGCGUGUGCGAGAGUGGUGGGUGUGUGCGUGACUGGGCGAGAGACUGGAUGUGUACGCAUGCAAAGAAAACAAAAUGCAAACGAUGAAAAAAGAGCAACAAAAAUUGCCCACAAGGCGGCUCAUGUGAACCAGGAACAUCCUUCCCAAAUGGAAGAAUGUUAACUCUAAACAAUAAAAUGGGUAAGACACCAUGCUA